AAAAAUACUUCUUAGAGCUGCUCUAUCAUUUGUAGUAUUAAUCGCUAUAAACUCCCCACCGGCCAAGUAUUGGAAAGAACCCCUCAAAUUCUCACUUGGUAACUUGAUCGAUAAACCCUGAGAAAUUCUCUAUCAAAGACGGCCAUCAGUAUCUUCUAAGAACCACACACUCGUUUAUAACACCGAAAUGGAUAUCGUCAAUUUAGUAAACAACGCAGAUACCCGGAAAAGCUCGAAGAAUGCGUCCACACAACCCCGGCCUUUUGCUUGUACAUACGGUAACUGCACCAAGGCUUUCGCUCGAAGAUCGGAUUUACAAAGGCAUUUGCGCAUUCACUUGAAUGAGAGACCUUUUGCUUGUCCGAUAGAUGGCUGUUCAAAAACGUUCAUUCAAAGAUCGGCUUUGACUGUUCAUAUAAGAGUACACACUGGUGAACGUCCACACACGUGUGAGCAAUGCGGGAAGGCAUUCAGCGAUUCCAGUUCACUCGCCCGUCACCGUAGGAUCCACACUGGAAAGAGACCAUACAAGUGCCCAGUCGAAGGCUGUAACAAAACGUUCUGCAGGAAAACAACGCUCACCAAACACACUAAGCGUAAUCAUCAAUCGCAAUCAUCAUUAUCAAACUCUCCGUCUCCUUCUCCCUCACCGGAGGCUCAGCAAUCAAACGUUCCAGCGUUGACGAUACCUCAACCCCUCACUCAACAGCUCAGCCAGUCACCCUUACAGUGUUUGCCAAUUACACAGCCCUCAUUAUAUGCUUUAUCACAGGAAGAAAAGCCACAAUUUAUGGAUAACUCUCAAUUCCGUUUACAAUCACCAAUCUGUAUGUCGUCAUAUCAAUCACAGGAAUCUCCAAGUAAUUCCACGGUGUUCUCUUCACCAACUACCCCAACUUACGCUACAGAGGCUCAGUUUUUAUAUCAACAUCCACCACCUCCACAGGGCGCAUUCAGCUAUUAUGAAUCCACAUCUCCAUUCUUAUACGUAGACACAUCGAAUCAAAAAUCACAGAUGGGUUUGAAUAAUCAAUCUCAGUUAUUGACCCCACCUCAAUCGGCUGAUCCAAAUAACUUUGGUCCUUUCGCAUACGUACCACCUCCAUUGGCAGUAACCGACGAUUAUAACACAUACCCAUUCGUCCCACCUUCACCACCGCUCACAGGUAAUUGUGAGACGUCGUACUCUAAUCAGUCGUUGAUUGAUGAAAGUCACUACCACCAUGAAACAUACCCACACCCAAAUGUCUUAACAGGUUUAGGACUUGAUUUGGUACAAGAUGGUGAGUAGAUGGAUACAAAAAUAACUCUGAUUGGGAUUAUCGGAGCUUAUCCCAUCUAUUCGGGUCCUUUUUAUUACGAUCGUUUUUAGUCUUUCGCUUAGAUAUAUAGUUACAAUCAAUUUUUAAUAUACAAAAGUCUUAUCUUUCUCUUUUUCUUUCAUAUUCUUGAUUCUUGAUUUUACUGACAAAAUACCCGUCUCAAUAAACUAUUAAC